AUGGGCAAUGUGACCUACUCCUGGUCCUUUCUCUUCGUGCUGCAUGGCAUCCCAGGGCUGGAGGCCUACCACCUGUGGUUCUCCGUGGCCGUUUGCGCUGGCUAUGUGAUCCUUAUUGCUGGGAAUUCUAUCAUUUUACUCGUCAUUGUAUCAGAACCGGCCCUCCACAGGCCCAUGUACUACUUCCUCUGCAUGCUGUCUACUAUUGACUUGGCAAUCACCACCUCUGCAUUGCCCAAGGUGCUUUCCAUCUUCUGGUUCCAGGCUGGGGAGAUCAAGUUUAAUACCUGUUUGACCCAGAUGUUCUUCAUCCACGCUUUGUGUAUGAUGGAGUCAGCGGUGCUGCUGGCCAUGGCCGUAGAUCGUUACGUGGCCAUCUGCUUCCCUCUCAGGUACAAUUCUUUCUUCACCGGCUCCCUAGUUGCCAAGAUGGAGAUAGCAGCUGUUGUCAGGGGGACCCUGCUGAUGUGCCCGUGUCCUUUCCUGAUCAAAAGGCUGUCCUUCUGUCGGACAAAUGUCAUCCACCAUACCUACUGUGAGCACAUGGCGGUGGUGAAGUUGGCCUGUGGAGACACCAGGAUCAACAGCAUUUAUGGGCUAAGUGUGGCCUUGAUUGUCAUCGGAGGGGACCUUCUGUGCAUUGGCCUCUCUUACUUCUUCAUUGUCCGUGCAGUGCUGCGCCUUUCCUCCAGUGAGGCCAGGUUGAAAGCUUUCGGCACUUGUGGUUCCCACCUCUGUGUCAUCACCAUAACUUACAGCCCAGCCCUCUUCUCGUUUUUCACCCACCGCUUUGGCCACAACGUGGCCCCCCACGUUCAUAUCCUACUGGCCAACUUUUACCUUCUCUUUCCUCCUUUGUUGAAUCCCAUUGUAUACGGAGUGAGAACCAAGGAGAUUCGGAACCAGGUCAUCAGAGUGUUCCUCCCAAACAAGGUCCUGGUCAAAUCCAGGUCUGUCUGA